AUGCAGCUGCAGCACGAGAUGUUGUUUCUGAUCACCUGCUUGCUCCUGGCAGCUACCUCCCUUCUGCCAAAGGGCAAUGCCUGGUCGAUCGAUUUCUACACUGGCGACAAGUGCGGAUACAGCCCAGAGCCGUUCAACCGCACUACCUACCACGGACCUCACCAGAAGAAGGACGUGGGCAACUGCCUGGCAGCUGGGGACCCGCGAGAUGGCUAUGACUGUGACUUCUGGCACGAUGGCGGUGUACGCGACGACUGCACAGCUCCUAUGCAAACGGGUCGUGCCGGCCUCCCAGCGUCGUGGUUCUACCCUAUCGGCACCAUCUGUUGCGUGGGCUUCGAGACGCUCGACGAAUGCGAGUGGGACGAGUGCAAGUACCAGCCGAACCUCUGCAUCAAGGGGUCGUGGUACAAUCCGAAGUUCGAAAUCACCGAGGAGUGGCCAUUCGUGACAUUCUACUGUUACGAUGGCUGCCCAAUGGCCGAUUGCGAGGCGUUCAUGGAGGCCAACGACAUCGAUGCUGGUGAAGAUGGCAUGAAUGUGGGACCUUGA